AGCUAAGCUCACGCCAGCAAGCUCUUUAUAUUUCGUUCACUUUCCUCACUCACAGCUGAAGUCACAUCGUCGUCGUCGUCCUUCUCCAGCGAAGCCGAAAGGAUGAUAACAGCAGAUGAUUUCUACCACGUCAUGUGCGCAAUGGUUCCUCUAUACUCGGCAAUGCUCUUGGCCUAUGCUUCUGUUAAAUGGUGCAAGAUAUUCACCCCCGACCAAUGUUCUGGCAUCAAUCGCUUCGUCGCUGUCUUCGCCGUCCCCGUCCUCUCCUUCCAUUUCAUCUCCGACAACAACCCCUACCAAAUGGACUCCAAAUUCAUUAUUGCCGACACCAUCUCCAAGCUCCUCGUCCUCCUCUUCCUCUCUCUCUGGGCCAUCUUCUUCUCCUCCGGCACCUUGGAUUGGCUCAUCACCCUCUUCUCCCUGGCCACUUUGCCCAACACUCUCGUCAUGGGCAUCCCUUUGCUCCAAGCCAUGUACGGUCCCUUCACCCAGUCCCUCAUGGUUCAGCUUGUCGUGCUUCAGUGCAUCAUAUGGUACACUCUCCUGCUGUUUCUGUUUGAAUACAGAGCUGCAACCCAUUUGAUCCACACCCACUUUCCUGGCCCUACUGCUGCUUCUAUAACCCAAUUCGAGAUCGACGGUGACGUCAUAUCCCUCGAUGGGCGCGACGUGCCCCUUCGAACGGAUUCCGAAACCGACAACCAUGGGCGUAUCCGUGUGAGGAUUCGACGGUCCACAUCGUCAGCCCCUGACUCCGUAUUGUCUUCGUCCAUAGGCCUCACGCCCAGACCCUCCAACCUGUCCAAUGCCGAUAUCUUCUCCAUCAACACGCCACUUCAGCUGCAUGAGUUUCACGGAGCUGCUUCUGAGGCAACGGCGGCUGGAGUUGGUCAUGAUAUCGUGUUUGGCCAUGGCGAUCUGGGAUUCGGGUACCUGUCCGCCAGCCCUCAGUUGUCCGGGUACGCGUCGUCGGAUGCGUACUCCCUCCAGCCGACGCCACGGCGGUCAAAUUUUAACGAAUUGGAGGCCGCAACGACGAUGAGCACGCCGGUAUGGGCAAGGUCCCCGAUUUCCAGUGGGAGGAUGUGCCGGCAGUCACCGAUGGCAUUUCCAGGGGCGAGGGUGGUGUGCGAGUCGCCGCCAGGAAAGCAUCAGGACGGAGAUAGACAAGGAUGCAAAGACAUUACUGGAUCGGCUUCAGAGAAGGAGAUAAGUUUCAGGGACUGCAGCAAAAUGCCGACGGCGGAAGAAGCGGGUGGGGCCAAAGAAGCCCAGGCAAUGCCAGGGGCGGUGGUGAUGAUGAGACUUAUAAUGGUGGUGGUUGGGAGGAAACUCUCCCGAAACCCUAAUACAUAUUCUAGUGCGCUGGGCCUUCUUUGGUCUCUCAUCUCCUUCAAAUGGAACGUGGACAUGCCAAGUCUGGUCAAAUCCUCCAUCAAAAUAAUUUCGGAUGCGGGCCUCGGGAUGGCCAUGUUCAGCCUAGGGCUGUUCAUGGCGCUUCAGCCGAGGGUGAUAGCGUGCGGCUCAAAAAGAGCAGCCAUGGCAAUGGCAAUCCGCUUCAUCGCAGGGCCGCUGGUAAUGUCUGCCGCUUCCAUUGCGGUCGGAUUGACAGGACCCAAACUCCAUACUGCUAUUGUGCAGGCUGCUCUGCCUCAAGGCAUCGUGCCAUUUGUGUUUGCUAGAGAAUAUGGGCUCCACCCUGAUAUCUUGAGCACUGGGGUCAUCUUUGGCAUGCUAGUUUCCUUGCCCGUAACGCUGUUAUACUACAUCGUUCUCGGCCUCUGAUUCUGGAAAGGACACAAACUAGAGCUGGAAGAAAAGACAUAACUAGCGUGCAUUUAUCGUGUUUGGGUGGAUGGACAGGGAAUAAAGGAGCAGAAAAGCAUAAUAAGCCUAGGAGAGUAGCUAGCUGGGAGCUGUGGAAAGUAAUACCCAAAAGGCUUUACAGGUCGCUCUAUAAUUGUGUCUGGCGACACCGACAGUCACUAGUUAAUUAUGGGCCAUGAUUUCGGGGUUUAAGAAGACAGAAAUGGAGGGUUUCCAUUAUGGUAGUAACCACCGGCGGAGAAGGUUGACCUCAGCUGGGUGAAACAGUAGGCUUGAAAAGGCCUAAAAGGGCUUUGAGGAUGUGACAAGAUGACGCACGCAUGCCGCAGCUUAAGUUUUCCUGCAUUUUCAAGGGGGCAAUACAUAUCCUAGUGGCAGCCGAAAGGGAAAGAUGUAUCAUCAUUAUUCAUUAUUAUAGAACCACACCUGCUUUCUGCUCGCAGGUUUCUACAUUUUGCUCUUCCCACUGCAA